AUGACCGGUCUCUAGUUCAGUGCGCAGGGUGAGCACGAGCCAAGGGGUUGUGGACCGGGCCGGGCAGACUCCGCCCUCCGCCUCCUGUACGCGGAAGCGGCGAUGGCUCUCACUGGGCGGGUGGAAGUGAACUCGGGGUCGUGCGUGAGGAAGUGGUCAUGGAAGUGCUCGUAUUGAACAUGGUGUCGUGUGGACGUAGUUGAGGGGGAGGCGGAAGUUGAACCGGUAGUGACCGGAAGUGGGCAUGGGGUGGCGGAAGUGAAUUCGGGGCCGUAUGCGUGUGGAAGUGAACAUGGUGUCGUGCGUGCGGAAGUAGUCGCGGAGGAACCGGAAGUGAGCGCGGUAGUGACCGGGAGUGUCUUCCAGGAUGGCCGUGCCGGACAAGGAGCGGCGGCAGAAGUGCUGGGACGCUCGGGACGCGUACUGGAAGUGUCUGGACGACGGGAGUGGCGAGCGCGACCAACGUGAGGACGCAUGCAAGCAGCUCAAGCAAUUGCUCAGCGACUCCUGCCCGCCUGUCUGGGUGAAACACUUCGACCGGCGGUACGACUACCUGAAGUACAAAGAGAAGAUAGAGAAGCACGGGUACGAGCAACCGCACGGGGUUAACAGCCAAAUGUAACGCACUAACAACCUGACUGCAGCAGUCUGCAGUCCGCGGCCGUGUUCAGUGAGGUGAUGACAGUCUGAGAACAAUCUGCUCUGCUCGCCUUCGCGAUACCGCUGCUUCUAGUGUGAUGCAAGAACUUUGGGGGGAAUACCAAAAGCAAAGCUGCCAUCAAACUGUGUUGUAAAUUUACUGUAUUGUAUGUUUAGUAGAAUGGAUGUAAUAAACUACGUGUGUUUCA